GCUGAUGUGAUCCAGUUCUGCAGUAGCUCCUGUGUGUUACUCUCAUUGAGGUCAGUGGCAGUCUUGUUGGUACAAGGAUUGAUUGCAGGGUCAAGGUCUCUGUUGUUGAUCUGAAACCUCCUAAUUAGGAUACGAGUUUCAAACUUGUGCUAGAGUUCAUAAACCCUGCUCAGUUAAAUUCUACUGUAUGUCCAUGUGCACGAGUAACACUGUGAUCAUACCCCAAGAGGUUGCCUUUUAAAUAGCAAUAAGGUUAACUCAUAGUAUUAAUGAAGGUGAUGUUUCGGUCAUGGCCAGUGUUAUAUGUGGUCACUUGAAAUAGUCUUGCUGAUUUAACUUGCUUUUCAGACAGUUGGUUGAAUCUGAUGAUAUUUGAACAUUUAUGAAACUACAUAGUUGAGAAGUAAAACCUGAUUUCCCUUUAAGAAUCACAUCUUUUCCUUCACUAAGCGAGGCUGAUAGACGUAAAGAAGCACAAAUAUUGGCUGAUAAGCAUGGAAUGGGGUGAGUGGGUUAGGAAAUCCACAGCUGUCCCUUUCAAGGUAUCAGCCAGUUCAACUGCUCUACGCUAUAUGCCAUUCAACUCCUUUCGUAUCUUUGCAAUCUCAGGUGGCGGGAGGAAUUGUAAAAUGAAUUGUGCUCCAUGAUGUGAUUGUUACGGUUCAGGGCAACUGCACCUCCAUUUCCCCUCUAUGGUCCAGCAAUGGCACCCAUUUUUAGGCUUCCAACUCCCACUUGUUACCUCUGUUGAGUAGAGACCCACUUCCCUUUCCCAUGUGACUGGGUUUUUCCCCAGGCUGCACGAUUCCCUACCUACAUUGUGGUAUUCUCAGCAAACCAGACUUCCUAAACAGGCCCACAGCUGUACUUUACUUGCUCUUCGAAGGCUUAUGACCAACUUAACUGCCAGCAGUUAUGUUACCACACAGCUCUUUGUAAGUGAACACGUUUAUUCUGAAGGUGUAGGCAUUACAGUGAAAACAUAUUAAAACAACAAAAGAUUAGCAUGUGUGUAGGUUAAGCGCUCAAACCAGAGCCUACAACCCCUUCCCCUCCUCAAAUUCCAACAUGGACUUUGGUAGGAGUCAGUCCUUCAAAACCCACACAGGAGAUUUUCUGUGGUUACAAGUUCAUACCAGCCUUAGCUCAGAAUAGGUUAGUCCUUCCUUUAUACAGCUUGGGCCUUUGACCUUGUGACUCUAAGACAAGUAAUCAGUAGACAAUGGUCCCCCCUUCAGGAUGUAGCUUCAAAAGGCUGGACUUUUGCCAAACUGGAGGUGAGAAUUUGCAUUUGCUUCCCCCUAGAGAUUCCCCAGGCAAACCUUUUGACACUGUUUGUCCAAAAGUCCAUUUUUGUCUGACCCAUUGUUGAAAAUAGUCCUCUGAAGUUCAUAAAACUUCCCAGGUUGAAAUCCCAUCUUCCCCCCUAACGAUACUACAUACAAUCCCAGCCCACGUUAAUACAUAAAAUUUGCCUUUGAUACAAUGAACUCCAAAGCUACUUACAUUUAAUUCAAUAAGGUUUUUCAAGGAUACUGCAGGAAAUUGCCAUCUCUUUCAGGGUGAUUUAAUUGAAAGUGCUUCAAUUUAGAAAAUAAUUAACAUGGACACACUGAAUGCAGUAGCCGAUAUUACAGCAGUGCUUUAAUAAGAAGCUUUUGAGACACACCCAUGAUGCAGCAUGGAAUUAAACUGUGUCACUUUGGAAACAAAGUAGAAAGAACAAGCAAGGUUUAGAUUGAAAAAAUAAGGGCAACCAUCUUAAAACAAACAAAGAAGAAUGGGGUGGGGGGCAGAAUUAAGCAAUGGUUUAAAGUUGAAAUGCAAACUGGCAGCAACCUAGAGAUACAAAGGUUAACUGUCACCAGCCCAUCCUGAACUCAUGCUGAAAGUAGUUCACAGCCUUACUUAUGUAGUCUUUCCCCUUGUAACUCCCAUAGGCAUUCACAGCAGUUACAGAUGAGCAGGGAGGAGAGAUUAGAGCUCUAUAUGCCAUGCAAUCUAGUUUACAUCUACCUCCUGAGGCAUUGCUUUCAUCAUGAGUUCCGAGUUAAAUGUCCCGGCGGAUCCUGCCACUCCUGCGUGCGGCUCUGAACCUGGCACAAAGGGCAUGGAUUAUCGGGACUGGGUCCGGCGUAGCUAUCUGGAAUUGGUCACUUCAAAUCAUCACUCUGUUCAGGCCCUCGCAUGGCGAAAACUGUACCUCAGCCGAGCCAAGCUCAAAGCGUCCAGCAGAACGUCUGCUUUGCUCUCUGGAUUUGCUAUGGUUGCCAUGGUGGAGGUGCAACUAGAGAUGCAGUAUCAGUACCCCCAAAUGCUGCUGAUUGCGUUCAGUGCCUGCACAACAGUGCUGGUAGCAGUUCAUCUCUUCGCCCUUCUCAUCAGCACCUGUAUACUACCUAACGUGGAAGCGGUGAGUAACAUUCACAACCUAAACUCCAUCAGCGAAUCCCCACACGAACGCAUGCAUGUCUACAUAGAGCUGGCCUGGGGUUUCUCCACAGUCUUGGGAAUCCUCCUUUUCCUCGCUGAGGUGGUGCUUCUGUGCUGGAUAAAAUUUCUGCCUGUGGACUCCAUUAUGAAAAACGAGACUACCGUCAUCCAAAAGCCCAGCGGCCAUGUGGGCUGGCAAGCGGCUCUGGUCUCCACCAUCAUCAUGGUCCCAGUGGGUCUGAUUUUUGUUGUUUUCACCAUUCACUUCUACCGUUCUCUGGUGCGGCACAAAACGGAGCGACAUAACCGGGAGAUUGAAGAGCUUCACAAACUGAAAGUGCAAUUAGAUGGACAUGACAGAGGGUUGCAGGUAGUGUGACAGAGGAACAGGGAUCUGUUUCAAAGCAAAUCAUUUUGCUGAGGCGAAGAGCAAAAUAAAUAUUUUGCUAACAUGAGCAACCCAAACCAAUGAUGGAUUAUUUGGGGGUCUAACAAACUAAAAUGUGAAUUGUCUGAUUUAUAGGGCAAUGGGUUCUAGUGCUUUUCCAAACUAAUGGGGUGUCUGGCCUAUUUCUAGUCCUACACAAUUGUGUACUUAAGUUGAUACUGCCAUACAGUUAAAAACCAAAACUUUACCUACUUUAACAUUAUGUUCUGGAGGGUGGUUUCCAAAUUGUUAUAUUUUAACAAUGCAACCUUCUUUGGCCAAGAGUGAAACUACUUGACACUUCAAAGAAAGCCACUGUUUCUGUAGGAUCUGUUUGUUUGGGUUAUUUUUAAGUGUCCGUGCUCUCUUGCUGGCUGUGCAGCAGCAAACUGACAAUGACUGUUUCCAGGGUUGAGGUGAUAAGUAGUGCUAUCGACUACAAAUCCGAGGACAUUCUGAAUGCGCUGCAGAACAUGGGUGUGUGUUACCUUUAUUAUAAAAUGGGUAUGACAGAAACCGCUCACUAGAAUGAUGCAAGAGGUUAGAAAUCAGCAGUCUUAGUACAUAUGUCCUCCUUUUGCUAUCCUCUCUUGCUAGUGUCUAACCCUCCUUUAGAACAGGGGAGAGAGAAUUUCAGACUGGCAGGAGGCUGGGAAGCUCUGUUUUUGCCUGCUUCAGUAGUGUCCAUUCUUUUACAAUGAAUGCAUGCCAAGAUCUUCUAAUGUUACUGAUAAUGAAAGUUUGUGUGUCCAGGGAAGGCUUACAGGUAUUUUCAUUUUAACAACAAAGACAUUGUUAAAGCAGGAAACUAACUGGGAAUUUAAAAAGACCUGGCAUAGAAUUUCGAAGGACUAGAAAAGCAGAUUUAAAGGGGUGAGGAAAGAGAGCACAUAACACAGUGACAGAUUUCAGCUGUAUGCUUUCUUCAUUUGCUUUGUAUAUACCAGAAUGAUUCAUGUGUUUUGCUGGCCUGGUUUGCCACAGAGGGCUCGGAGUCCAGAUCCUGUGCUUUUCCCUUGUUCUUUGUGCUAGUUGUGCCUGAGAGCAUACAGCAUUCUUACCUCUUAGGGAAGAAAGCAUCUUGCAUUUUCUCAAACAACACAUACCCCUUGUGGCACAUGGAGCUGCAUUUUUGAGUUCAGGGUGAGCUGCAACCAGCCUUUGCCAUUCCAAAGGGAAAGCUGCGUGCAGUUAAAGUACUAUCACAUUUCACUUGUUGGCUGUAUUUCAGCAGUGGAGGAAGUGAUUCUUGUUUGUGCUUAUGUAGCUUAGUGAGUGAAACUUGUAAAGCGCUGUAGCAUCUUUCUGGGUGAAAGUAUUAAUAAAGUCCCAACUAAUUACAACUACUUCAUGGGGAGGCAAAAUAUUCUUCUGCAAUCAGUAGCUUGAUUUUAGUUUUUAAAGGAAAAGUCGUACGUAUUUCAGCUACAGAAAUAUGUCAAAAUAUUUAAGCAAAAUGGUCCGGUCCUGUCUCAUCAUGCUCCGUAAUCUGCAGGCUGCUGCCAGUGCUAAUUUCAGGCCUUACUCCCUUGCAUUCUAUAAUAGUUUUACAAUUUCUGCCAGUUCUUGAAUAUUUCUAAAAUAAUUGAAGAAGUUUGUAAUGUUCUAUUUAAUCCCCUCCCUUUAACCAGUGGUAUUUAGGAAAUAUGUCAGUGUACGAAGUAUCAGAUUCCCAGCAUGGAGUGUGUGUGAAAUAAUGCGUGCAGCAAGAUGAGAAUGUAGCUUUAAAUAUCUCUCUCUGACAAGUUCCUGGAAAGCCAACUCCAAUCCUUUUUUUUUCAUUUUAAUUCAGUCAUUCCUGGGCAAGCGGCUUAGCAUGUGUGUGUUUUUUCAUCCGUUAUUCUUACCCUCAUCAACAUGGGCCAUGUUUACAUAGGACUACCUACUACUUUCCACAUACACAAUAUAAGGACUUUGUUCCUGUAAGGGGUAGUUUUAAAAUUCCUGCUAAAGCUCCUGAAUGUAAUUUCAGUGAGCUUCCAUACCAAAUGCUAAUACACUUCCUUAUAUGUAGUACCUCUAUCCUAAGGACCCCAACGUGUUUUGAAUGUCACACAGUAAUCUCUUCAUCCGUUAUUGAAAUGUAGUCACUAUUUGACAUUGCACAGGUACACCAUGCAAGUUUUAGGAUGGAACUUUAAUUCUGAUUGCAGUUGAAAUUGCUGGGAUAGUUUAGGUAGGUAGAAUAUAAUUACCUGAUUUGGAGGUUGGGACAUUAGGGUUGAAUUCUGUCCCACUUCACCCCUUUUCUCAUCUCACCACACUAAAAAUUAGUAUUGACAUGUCAAAACCAGAUCAGGAUCACAGUAAUGAAAAUCAGAUUUUCAAAUGUAGUGGUAUGAAAUUUUUCACAACCUUAAGUGAAGUAACUAGGUUGACUUAAGUUUUUGGUGUAGA